CUCGAGUGAGGUCUUUUCAACAUUCCACUGUGUAGUUCUUUCCACCGAUCGUGAUCUAUUGCUGUGACAUCGAACUUAUUUUCAAUAUGAGAUCCACCUUCAUCUGUGCGUAUGCGUUUGUUCUUUUCCGUUUUUUUCUUUGAUCUGAAUUUCUUACCCCACCAACUACCUCGCAGUGAAAGAGACUUCCGCGUAGCCUCGCGCUAUCCAGGACCGCAACAGGCCUCCGGCCUCCGGCACUCCGACUUGAAACUUCGAAUUAUUCCGCGAAAGAGCAGCAAAAAGUAGUAGACCUUGAUUAGUUGUAAGGACAGCAACUCCAGUACUUCUAUAAAGUACUCAGACAGUAGAUAAAAAUUGGAAUCUUUUUUCCAAGCAAAAAGUCUAGCAAUACACUCAUCAAUCUACAUCACAUCUGAAGUGAGUAUUUCACUGCAAUUUGUGCAGCUUUGAAGUACUCCCACGUUGCCCGUACUUAACCCUUCAAGAUGCUCCUCGAGAAUAUCAAGUUUGGCGAAAAUGUCGCCGUCACCAAGGACGAAAUCCGCGCUACGUAUCCUGUCUUUGUUUCUUUUUGCUGCUUUACCAUGUCUGACAAACGGAAUUUGUCAUGCUGAUUUACCGGUGGUGGCACCAGGAGGAGAUUUGUAAUGCAUACUUGCGAUCAUGAAAUCCAAAAUUCCACUUCCUUUCUAUCAGGUACCAGUACGACAGUACCGAGGUGAUCAAGAUCGGCAAGGAGUUCACGGUGGUGCCCAAACAGGAGACGUAUGAGUUUGUCAUAUGACAACCUCAGAAUGGAAAUCCUCAAAGUGGAAAUAAUCUGUGACGCAUGAAAUGCGACACCAAAAAGACUGUAUUGCAGAGGACGCAAGAACUUGGGGCCUGACUAUCGUCCUUCUGCGGGUCGUUAAGAAUUGGAGUGCUGAUUAGCAUGACAGAAGCGCACCCCUUUGCCUAACUAGCAUGACAGACACGCUUUGAGUGCCCGGGAAAUUUGUCAUGCGCCGACUAAAAAUGGCGCUCCAACUGGAGUCGUUUUUUUGCAUUACAAAUUGUUUUCACUUUGAGGAUUUCCAACCUGAGGCUUUCAUAUGUCACGGACAAGCGCGUGCCGAAGAUGGGUGUCAUGCUCGUCGGGUGGGGUGGAAACAACGGGACCACCGUAACCGCGGGCAUCCUGGCCAACAAGCACAACAUCACCUGGAAAACCAAGAAGGGCCUGCAGAAGCCAAACUACUGGGGGUCGCUCACGCAGGCGUAUUGUUCUACUUCGUUGUUUCGGUCCUUCUAGGAGAAAGAAUUGGUAGAUUAUUCGUAGGGAUUUGUUUCGUUAAACUCCUGCGCAGAUGAAAGACCUUAGUACUCGCUCCUGCGUAUUUUUGCUUGUAGUUUCCUUUCUUCGAUGAGUAUCAAGAUCAUGCCUGUGACGGCUAAGAACCGAAUCUCGUUGGACAGCUUGGAGACGAAUCUGGCGGCCUCGUCGUGCUGGCAAGAAAGUCUCCGAGUUCGUCGAAAAUAUUUUUGUUUUGGAGUUCAGUGAGGCAUGCAUUCAGCCGUCUCGUGUCACGUGAGUUGUAUAUGGAGCACGAGCAGAAAAUGGAAAACGUAAACGACAAAACUACAGGUCCACGAUUCGUGUGGGGAACUUCGAGGGCGAGGAAUGCUUUGUGCCGUUCAACAAACUUUUGCCCAUGGUCCACCCCAACGACAUCGUGCUCGGCGGAUGGGAUAUCAGCUCGUAUUACACUUUGAUACUGGAUUAAUCAUGAAAUGAAACACAAAAAGAAAACGAGGGUUUUCUCACGCUCGUAAGUGCACUUCUACAAAGUCAGAGAUAGACCUGUAUCUAUUUGCAAUGCGUGAUCACAGUCAUUGCAACGUAAAAAUACAUAUCCUGUGCAAAAGUAUCGUACUCGUAUAAAUGCAGGUCUUGCAUUACAAAUUUCUUUGUCAAGAAGGCAAAUCAGCAUUACAAAUUUCAUUUCUCAUGCUCAGCUAAUUUGUAAUGCAUUUUCUACUAGUGCGAUGCUUUUGCAUUGCAUAAUACAACAGUCUCACCCUGGACAAGGCGAUGGAGCGUGCCGGCGUGGUUGACAUUGACCUAUGAGAGUGCACAACUCCCCCUCCCCCUCAUUUGUCAUGCAAAAUACCAAACUCACCCUCCGCCUCUUGGCACUGUUUGCAUGACAAGUUCUGGCAGCCCAAAUAAGACUACACUCCUGUCCAAAUUUGUCAUGCAAAACCUGUAUUAUUGCUGACGCUUGUAUUGCUGUUCAUGCAAUACAGGGGGAGUUGUGCACUUUCAUAUGACCUGCAGAAUAACGUGAAGGACUUGAUGAAGGAGAUGAAGCCGCUCCCGGCCGUCUUCGACCCGUCCUUCGUGGCCGAGAACCAGCAGGCCCGCGCCGACAACACCAUCAAGGGCUCGAAGCAGCAGCAGGUGGAGCAGAUCCGCAAGGAUUUGAAGGACUUCAAGGCCAAGAACGGGCUGGACAAGGUGGUGGUCAUGUGGACGGCCAACACCGAGAGGUACAGCGAAACCGGGGACUUCAACUCGACAAAGGAAAAGCUGUUGGCGGCCAUCGCUGCGGACCACAAAGAGGUCUCGCCGUCGACUCUGUACGCGGUCGCCUGCAUCGAGGAGGGCGUGCCAUUCAUCAACGGAAGCCCCCAGAACACGUUCGUUCCAGGUAGAUGUCAUAGUGGUUUUUGUGCAUAUCGAGUAUAGAUGCGUAGUUGUUGUCGAGAGCAUGCCUGAUGCUAGAUCAUGCUCGUCACGAGACCUUUUUCGUUUUUGGACUGCUAGUACUUUCCUCGCAGGGAAGCAGAUCAAGCUCGCUUGAUGCAAAUUUGAUGCAGUACUACAAACACUGGAUUUAUGUAACAAUCCUAUCACAGGUGUUGUGGACCUGGCCGUGGCCAAAGACUCGAUGAUCGGCGGUGACGACUUCAAGUCCGGGCAGACCAAGAUGAAGUCCGUGCUCUAUGGAAUGCAAAGGCAUCGUACUAGUAUGAAUCGCAUGACAAGUUCCCUCAGCAUGUAUGAAAAAUGGAAUUUGUUAUGCGGAUUUAGGUUAGGAGGGAGAUUUGUAAUGCAUGGCUGCGAUUACUACGAGCGCGAUGCUUUUGCGUUGCAUAUGCUCACGGACUUCCUGAUUUCCGCGGGGAUUAAGCCCACCUCCAUCGUCUCCUACAACCAUUUGGGCAACAACGACGGGAAGAACUUGUCCAACCCGGCCUGCUUCAAAUCCAAGGAGAUUUCCAAAUCCGACGUCGUGAACGACAUGAUUGCCUCCAACGAGAUUCUGUACGAGAAGGGCGAGAGCCCGGACCAUUGCGUGGUGAUCAAGUACAUUCCCUACGUGGGCGACAGCAAGCGCGCGCUGGAUGAGUACACGAGCGAGAUCUUCCUGGGAGGGACCAACACGAUCGUCAUGCACAACACCUGUAUAGUUUAUUUCCAUACUCUUGCUACUGCUUGAUUUGAUACUAGGUGGAUAAUGGUCUGAUAGGAUUUUGCUUCGUUUUCAUUAGUACAGUUUACUCUACUUGUACCCAUUUCUUAUCGACACCCCGAUGAAGUUGAAACUGGAGGAACCGAAAGCUCUAUGCUGGAUGAGUGCAGGUCGCAAUACUACAGCGAUUUAGAAAAUCAAAAUACAUAAUUGUCCUAUCGCAGGUGAGGACUCGUUGCUCGCCGCCCCGUUGAUUCUGGAUUUGGUCUUGCUGGCCGAGAUGACGGACCGCAUCAAGAUGCGCAAGAACAACGAGCUGACCCCGAAGAACUUCCACCCCGUGAACGUGCUGUUGUCCUACCUGACCAAGGCCCCGCUGGUCCCGGAGGGCCACCCGUGCAUCAACGCCCUCGCGAAGCAGCGCGCCAUGCUGGAGAACAUUUUCAAGGCCUGCGUCGGGCUGCCCCCAGACAACAACAUGUGGCUCGAGUUCAAGCAGACGACGGAUGGAAAGUCCAAGAUGAUGGGGCAAGGCAUCAAGCCGCAACCGCAAGUCGCCGGCGCGUGA